GUGGUUGCGCCCGGCUGUCGAGCCCGAGAGGGAGGGAGGUGGGGAGCGGCUGUGGAGGAGGCGGGGGCGGCGGAUCGGAGCUGGUGGCAGAGCGGCAGCGCGGACGGAGAGCGGGCACAGGACGAGCGGGGAAUGACGGCGGUGGCAGGGUGGAAUCACUGUGAAAGGGUCUGAGAGAAUUCAGCAACGAUUACCGCUCCUUUAAGAUGACACGGACGGACCCUCCGGACAUACUGGUGUCUACCGUCUACCGAGAGAUCAAAGUCAGCACGAUGCCAGGAGAGCCCAAGAUGUACCGAGCGCGGGGUGUGUACGACUCCGCCAGCGCCAGCUCGCUGCAGGCCGCGCAGCGGGACCUCGGCAAGCGCCAGUGCCGCAGCUUCGACUUCCUGCAGUCGCUGGAGGGGCAGCCGCCGGCCCCGGGCCCCGCCGAUGAACCCUCCGGCCGCCGGCACGAGCGGCGGGCCCCGAGCCCCGACGCGGCCUGGGACUCACUCGGGAGGCCGGUCCACCUGCGCUCCUCGGCCCCGGACCUGGUGGUCGGACGCCUCUGCCCCGCCUCGGCCGAGCCGCGGGAGCCCCUCCGGCCCGAGGGCAAGAAGAGGGGCCGGUCGAGGAGUGCGCCCAGGGUGAAGACCACCUACCGGCCUGUCCCGGUGGAGACGCGCUCGCCCGAGAGGCCGCGCCGGGGGCGGGACGUCCAGCGGGGGCCGCGGGAAUCCAACCGCAGGGGGGAGGGAUCCCCCAGGAGGGAAACCUGGGCUCCGACCCGGGGCAGGGUGGACGAGGUGCACCCCAUCAAGCUGCAGCCGCAACGGGCCGAGGCCUGCCUCUACGCCACGGCCCGCGAGGAGGGCCCGGGGCCCCGGCCCGGGCUGCACGUCCGCUACCGGCUGGACAUGAAGCCUCCGCCUGAGGGGGCAGCUCUCCCCUGUCCCCUCCCUCGGCGCCAGCCGCAGGCAUCGGCCUGGCAGGCCCAGCCAGGGCGCAGCCUCACUGUGCCCAGCGGCCGGCGGACACCCCGGACCCCCUCGCCCGGGCUCCCGCCUACUGGAGACUACUGGACCCUGGCCACCCAUGGUUGCCCGCCCCAGCUCUGCCGGGGUGCCGGGCACUGGGGAGGGGGCUUCCCCCAGGACUACCCCGAGGUCCACAGCCUGCCCCGGGGUCUGGCCUCGCCCACGCACUGCCCUGACUGGUGGGGUACCUACCGGGCAGCCCACCCCCUCCAGCCCCCUCGCUGGGCGCCAGCCUCCCUCCCACCGCUGGCCGCCCACUCCCGGCACCAUUCCAGGUCCUGGGAUGACAUCCUCCGCUGGCCCGCGCCCGGGACGCCCGGCUGCCACAGCUGCGAGACCCUCCCGCGGAGGGAAGGGGGCCUGAGCUCCAUUGGCCCCAGGCUUCAGCCCACGGUGGUCAAUCUGUCACGCUCGCCCCAACGCUACGCUGCCCUCUCCCUGUCUGAGAGCUCCCUAGCCGAGAAGCUGCAGGGGGAGGGCGGCCGACCAACAGCCGGCCGUUCCUGGUACGUCACUCCUGAAAUCACCAUCACUGACAAUGAGCUGCCGGCCGCGGGUGUGGCCCGGAACCGGGCCCGGCAGCCGGCCGAUGGGCCCAACGGCCUCAGCGCUUCCUUCAAUGACCUGCUGUCAUGCAACCUGGAGAAGGAGGAGGGAGGCAGGGGCGGGGGAGUUCCUGGCCCGGGGCCCCAGCCCGCCGGGGAGCAGCACCUGGACGAUGUGCUGGCCGACCUGGUCAUCGACACCUGCAAGGCGCCCACCCCCCGGUCCCCUCCUGACGGCCUGCUGGAGCGGCUCCGCCGGCUGAUCGGAGGCGAGGACCCCCCAGGCGACGCCCUGCUCGCCGAGACCCCAGGGCGGGGCGCCCUAGCCGACACCUCGCCCGACCUGCCCCCCAGCCCCUGCGAGGGCCCGCUGCGGGAGCGCGCCUCGGACGAGGUGGACACCAUGAUGUGCUCGAACCUCAAGUGUGGCCUGACGGAGACCCUGUUCAACGCCCGGCUCUACUUCAAGUCCUGCCACAGCUGCUACACCUACUAUUGCUCCCGUGGCUGCAGGAAGGACGACUGGGAGACUCACAAGGAGGCCUGUGUCUACGGCCGGGUCAGCAGCACCUGCAAACGGGUGCUGCGUAACUGCCGGGAGAACCAGGCCGCCCACAAGGCCUUCUCUCGCAUCGCCAGGAUGGGCUACCUGUCCCGGGGCCGGGGGGUACUCUUCCUGGGCUUCCCCAACCCCAGCUCCGCCGACAACUUCUUGCGCUUCGGCCUGGAGAGCCUGCUGCUCGCCCCCACCUACCUGUCGAUGCGGGAGCUGGAGGGCUACGCCGACCACCUCGGGGAGUACCUGAGGGAGAUCCAGGAGGCGGGCCGGCAGUACAACCCCGAGGAGUGCUUCCUGCUCAACGUCUCGGUGGCCCUGGGCCAGAAGGUGCCCGAGAACCCUUCGCCCCGCCUGCAGACACCCAGCGUCCGCCGCUUCGCCAAGAUCGCCCUGGCCUCCGGCAGCCCCGAGAGAAAGGCCUACCGGGCCGCCGAGGACGAGAUGGAGACCCUGAUCCUGACGCCGCCUCCUGGCACCACGGACAUCGCCAAGGACGACGAGGCGGGCCGCAAGGCGCGGGAGGUGUGCUUCAUCAACGUGCAGCGGGAGCUGCGCAUCCGCGGCGUCUUCCUCAGGCACGAGUACCCCCAGGUCUACCAGGACCUCUGCGAGUUUGUGGAGAGCAAUAAGAGGUUCACCCCCACAACCAUCUACCCUAUUGACAAGAGAACGGGCAGGCAGUUCAUGUGCAUGAUCAUGGCCGCGUCGGAGCCUCUCACGCUGGAGUGGGUCCGCAAACCCAACGUGUUGGAGGACAUGAUGUGACCGACCCUCCGGCCCCCCCCGGCUCACUCGCCCCUCUUGCCGCAGAAUGUUUCCCGGUUUCUUUAACAUACUUGUUGGCGACGGUUUUAUAUCGGGAACCCGCUGGGGUUGGGGGUCUCCAUGAUGGUGGUCUUGCAAGCAUAGGUCUAGUAGUGGUGGGGUGUCAGGCUGGGUUACUGGAGGUGGGGGGGGGGGUUGUAGGUGGCCGGGUGGGGGAUUCUGGUGCUGCUAGGGUGGAUUCGGGUGUAUUGGGCCAGGGGUCUUUGGGCACAGGGCGGGAGGUCACUGUGUUGGAGGGGAAUGGGUUUCACAGUGGAGGGGCUCCCUCCACGCUAAUCCCUUCCCCUCACAGCCAGGGUGGGGAGGUGAACAAGCAGGCCAUAGGCUGGGAAGCCAGCCCUGGAUGACUCUGGUCAGCAGGCCGAGAACCUCUGCCCUUUAGCAAAGAGGUCUGGGUCCAUUUGGGGCAGACAGAGGGCGCACAGUCACCCGCUCUUCUACAAACAUUGGCUAACUUCAAAAGCAGGAACUGCCAUAGCUGUGGGAGGGGGUGGGCGGGAAGGGAAGGGGAGGUUGGGGUCUUGGGCUGAGAGGGCAGGGAGAGGAGGGGCUGAGGGGAAUGGAAUGAACAGUGAAGGGGAAAGGAGGUGAGGGCACAGGCAGGUGGAAUUUUAGGGGCAGGACCAGGGACCUAGAGGGGAAGGGGUGGUGGGAGGAUAGGUUGGGGAAGCAAAGCGGUCAGGGAUCAGGAGAGGGAGUGGGUAAGGGAGAGGGAAUGAGGGUGGGAGAGGGAGGGUGGAGAUAUGGGACAGGGAAAGUAUGUUUAACAUACAGUAGAAUGGGAGGGAUGGGGUUGGUUAAUGUGACAGUGCCUCAGGAAUAUAUCAUGUAAAGAAACACUGACCUUUCACCCUCUGCAGCAGUGGGUCACAAACAGACCUUUCACCCUCUGUGACAGCGGGUCAUGCACUGACCUUUCACCCUCUGCGACAGCGGGUCACGCACUGACCUUUCGCCCUCUGCGACAGCGGGUCACGCACUGACCUUUCGCCCUCUGCAGCCGUGGGUCAUGUACUGUCCUAUCACCAUCUGAUGCAGUGGGUCACAAAUUGACUUUUCACCCUGGCCAUCAAUAGGUCAUACACUGACCUAUUAUUGAAGUGUCAGGUAUUAUCACCACCUCCUCAUUGACCCUGAAUGGUUUAGAGUCACUGGUAUCAGAUGUGGUGAACAUUUUGACAGUGAGGACAGUGGUUUCCUUCCCUGAGACACUGGUAAACCAGUGAAUGCAGUAAUUUCAUGGCCACUGUCAGCUGAGUCUGAAUUUGCCAGCGUUGCUAUUAGUCGCUGAAGUCAGUGCAUUUGUUAAAGUUUUAACAUGGCUUGUCCACAUCCAGUACAGUGUCUAAACGCUAACUUGUUGUUCAUAGGGAAAUACCGAUCAAAGAACCAAAUUCUAAUCUAGAAUGUCACCCAACACCUGGAUGGGCCCAAGUGUUGGAACGUCAGGUAUGGAGAUAUGUGUAGGAGACAUUAUAUUAGAAAGAGUAAAACAGGUAAUUUAUUAUAGUGAAAUUUAAAACAUUAGAAAAACUAAGAAGCAAGAUAAAUAUAUAAAGACUGAUUUCUCUCAGUGAUAUGCCUGUGGUCAAAGUGCAGAAAGUUAAAGCACUUUGCUGUCAUGCCUGAUCAACUUGCUGACGUACACCUUACAGGUUCAACAAACCAAACUGGCGGAGUAGUUUGGGAGUUGAUUUGAUACAACGAAUUUCAGUCAUUUUCUAGAGCAAAACAUUAUGGACCCAAUCAGAGAUGAGGCUGUUUUAGACCUCCCUUUUGUAACGAGACAGGAUAAAUCUGUAAAUACAAACUAACCUCUGGUCCAGGAAAGGGUGAUCGUAGCGAGAUAGAACUUAAAAAUCACAUCUUGGAGUGCUCCAAUGUGCUGAAGUCCAAAUCUAGUGUCUCAAACCUAAGUAACAAGGCAUCAAGCAGCUGUUAUAGAUGAGUUGCUCAAGGCUGGGUACAAGGGCAAAUUGAAAUAUUAGACAUUAGAUAAGUUAUAGCACUCAUUCAAAGGAAUGUUUAAAUAUUAUGAAUUGAUUCUGCUGGAGAGGAAAAAUCUCUGCGGGAGUGUAGAUGACUGCAUCUGGGCUCUUUAAGAAGGGUAGGGAUUCUUAAAGUGUUAUCAAGGUGUGUCUGGCCUGAGCACAGUAGAAACAAGCAAAGAGUCACAAUAAUUAAGAAAGAUAAAAUAGGAAGUGUGAGGAAAUAUGAAUUUGUGCCUGGUGAUGUACAGGGGAGCGUGUAGCCCAAGCAGCCUACAUCUUGUGGAAGUGGAAGUCAGUGAUGGGGAAAGUGCAAAUAGAUUACCAAGGUAUCAGUUUUCAUAGCUGGAGAUAUUAAAACAUAUAAAUAGGAGCUAACCAAGGAUCUAAGGGUAGGAAGGUGAUUAAUAGCAUCUGCAAAAGAAAACAACCCAGGAUUUGAUAGGUGAUGGCUGACACCCUGAAGUGACUGGGAGAUGGUUAAUGCUUCAUCAGGCACUUCUCAGAAUGUCUAGGUCCAGCAGUCCAAGGGCAUUGGAAAGGAACCAAAAUAAAUGGUAUUUCUGAAAGGGAAGGGUGGAGAAGAGUAUGAAACUAUCGACAGUUUGCCUGAGCUUUGUGUUUACAAAAAUGCUACAGUGUUUUAUUCCGUAGUAACAGAGCACAGAGAGGGGUGGAACGUGGUAGUGAAGCUGGUCUUCAUCAAAUAACAGUAAGGGGGAGAGGUGCUAGAUGUGGUGUAUGGAUUUUAAUAGCCAUUUGAUAAAGUACCACGUGAAAGGUUAAUUCUUAUAUCAGGACCUUUUGCGGUUUUCUGGUUCAAUGACACAAAACCAGAGCCAGGAUCAGGAGGUCUCUGUUAGGCUGAAGAGGUGCAUCAGUGGGGUGCUGGGGGCCGUAGCUGUGUUAAGUCUGGAGCAGUGACUUUGAAGUGUAACGUGUUACAUGUUGGCAGAUACCCAAAACUAAGUGGUAAAGUAAGAUGUGAUAUGAAGGCAGUUUGCAAAGGAGUCCAGCUUAGGGGCUGUUGGGGUGAGACAGUGAGAGAUGGAGAAUUAAGCAGCGAGAGGUGAGGAUGUUCACUUUGCCUAGAGAAAAAAAGAAGCACACUUGACGAAUAGUGAGAAGCUAGUAAAGGCUGAUUUACUUUGUAUCCCACCCGUUAUGUAAACAUGCUUCCUUGUCCCUGGGAGUGUGGAGGGAGAUUCACUCUUGUGACUAAACCUGUGUUAUCCCUGCCCUGCAAGUGUGUGAUGAGAACAGUGUGGAUGGAUCUUUUUCCUGACGUGUUCUGUCGCUGCCGUGUGUGUGUGUGUGAUGGGACAUGAGCUUUACUCUGUGUCUAACCCAUGCUGUCCCUGCCUUGAGAGUGUGUGACGGGACAGUGUGGAGGAAGCUCACUCUAUGUCUAAACUAUAUUUCUACUCUUUAAAAAUAACUGAUCGGGAGACCCUGAUGGUGUUGAAGGCACAAUCUGGGCUCGAAACUAACUUUACUGCAAUGCAGUAUGGAGCACUUCACUGGCUGAGGUGCCAUAUAUUUUACAUAAUGCAUAAGCCCACGCCCAUCUCGUCUCUCACUGGCAAAUAAAUGUUCCUGUGAGGCUAUUUAGAACCAAGAAAAAUAGAAAAGUAUUUUGUCUAAAUGGAGAGGGACUGUAGAGCACUGAGAUAUAGAGGGAUGGAGUGUCUGUGUCUAUGAUUCACAGAAGGCAAUUACUGAGAGUAAUUAGGAAAGCUAACAGAAUGGUAUUGUUUAUUGCGAAGGGAAUUGAAUACAAAAGUAGGGAAAUUAUACUAUGCUAUAAAGGGCAUCUGAAGUAGAGUGUACAGCAUUAGAGUCUGUUUUUAAGGAACAGUAUUAAUGCAUUGGAAACAGUUCAGACAAGACUUUCCAGAGCACUGCCUGGAGUAGGAGGUUAUCGUGCAAAGGAAGGUUAGACAGGCUGGAGUUAAUGAGAGGGGAGUUGAUUGAAACACGUGAGAUCCUGAAUGGCCCUGACAGGGUGGGUACGAAUUGGAUGUUUUCUCUCAUGGAGGUGGGGGCGUGUAGAUCUAUUUAAAAAUAAGAGAGGUCCGUUUAAGAUGGAGAUGAGUGUUUGUAACUCCUGCUCCUAUGGCAGUGGGAAUUCUGCAGAUAAGAUUCUUGAUGAUAAGUGAGGUGGAAGGUUGCCAGGGGUAGACAGGAAGCUGGAGUGAGGUUACAGAUCAGUCACGGUCUUAAUAGAUGGCAGAGCAAGGGCAGGGAGCUGACGAUCUGUACUUGCUCUGAAACUGGAUGUUCAUGGUUUGAAGGGCAGCAAGGAAAUUUCCCUGACUUCCUGCUCAUCAUCUCAAGAGUCAUCAGUCUGAACAAAUAGACAACCUCAUUUCCUAACAGAUUAUAACAGUGCUUACAUCUCAAAAGGAUUCGGUGGGCUGGACAAGGGUUGGGGAGAUCUGUGGAAGGGGCAAUGCAAAUCCUGUUCUUAUUGAACCAUGCUGUCCCUGCCCUGGAAGUGUGUGAUGGGACGGUGUGGAGGGAGCCUCACUCUGUGUCUGUCCCCGGGAGUGUGUGAUGGGACGGUGUGGAGGGAGAUUCACUCUGUCUCUGUCCCCGGGAGUGUGUGAUGGGACGGUGUGGAGGGAGCCUCACUCUGUGUCUGUCCCCGGGAGUGUGUGAUGGGACGGUGUGGAGGGAGCCUCACUCUGUGUCUGUCCCCGGGAGUGUGUGAUGGGACGGUGUGGAGGGAGCCUCACUCUGUGUCUGUCCCCGGGAGUGUGUGAUGGGACAGUGUUAGAGGGAGCUUCAUUCUGUGUCUGGAGAGACUUAUUUGAGGGGAAUGUGUUGUUUGGUUUUGACUGGGAAUGAUACAGUCUGGUGCUGUGGGUCUCGCUGCUAAUUCCAGGGGCCAUAUUACAUGUAGCUGGAGAAUCUCCACGAGAGUCACACGUGCCCCACGGACAGCCAGUGGAAACUCUGUGGUUGUACUGUGGGCGUGUGCCACGCCCUUCCAGAUGGGGGCAUGCAGUAGGGAAUGAGGGGAAUGGUCACCCUGAUCUUAACGCACUGCUCGCUCCCAAGCUGCUCAUCUCCUCCUCCAGACACUGUCUGCUGUAAAACUCAGGCAAUUUGCCACUCCACUUCCAACCCCCGAUGUCCUUCCACCUCUCUAUCCCCUUCCCACUUCCAUAUCUUCCUUCCUCCACCUGUCUCUCUCACUCCCAUCUUCCACUCUCCUUCCCAGCUCCUGAUAUCUCACUUCCUCCAAUCUUCCCUCUGCCUCACUCUUCUCCCAAAUCCCAUGAUUCCCCCCUUUUCCACCCCAUCACAUCUUUUUAACCUCCUUGCCUCCCCUCCCGUCUUUAUCCUGUACUCACCCCGAACAUCUCCUCCCGUCCCCUCGGCUCUUUGAUCUCUGUUUUUAACUUAAUCUUCAGCUUCAGGUGUUUAUGGGCUGUCUCAUUCCGUUGUGUCAAGAUGAUCUAUUCAGUAUUACAAUGACUGCAAAUGUUGCCUGUGGAUUCUUGGGAUUUAGUAAAUGUGUCGCAGACCUGGGGGAAUUGUCCAAACAGACCAGAAUCAUGGCUGGAACUAAUGUCUUACCAACUUUUGUCUCUUUAUCUGUUAAGAUGAUGUUCCAGUUGAGCUGCUUCUGGAUUCAAGACCUGGUAAAAUCUGCCAAAGUCCAUGGCCAAAUUGGCCACUGUUGUCAGUGAAAUCAGACUGCGGUCCUGAACUUGAAUCAGCAUCUCCAGUAAUGAACUAAAGCAGGUGGCAGUAGAAACGUGUGCCUUCUGUGGAUGGUCUGGGUUUGGUUCUUCCCCGGACUUGGCCCUAGUCCUAGACCUGAUUCUGGUCCUCAUUCCAUUCCAGGUCUGAUUGUGGGCGCUUCUUGUCUUUCGCUCGUCACAACUUUCAGGAUCACUGUAGUUUGUGGUUAUUGUGAGAGCAGAGAUUAAAAUAAACGGCACUUAUGAUUGUUGGA